AUGUCUAUAAAUGCUGAACACUUUUCUCCCCUCAUAAAUAUAAAAAAAUUUUUAGAAUUAAAACCUUCUUCGCACUACCAAUACUUUCAUUCUUGUACAGAUAUGGCUAAAUCACAAGCUGUUGGCAUUGAUUUGGGUACAACCUACUCCUGUGUUGGAGUCUUUCAACACGGAAAAGUGGAAAUUAUUGCCAAUGACCAAGGAAACAGAACCACCCCGAGUUAUGUUGCCUUUACAGACACUGAACGUCUUAUCGGAGAUGCUGCAAAAAAUCAAGUGGCUAUGAACCCAGAAAAUACUAUAUUUGAUGCUAAAAGAUUGAUUGGACGCAAAUUUGAUGAUCCUGCUUGUCAAUCUGACAUGAAGUAUUGGCCCUUUAAGGUGAUCAAUGACAAUAGCAAACCAAAGCUGAGAGUCCUGUUUAAAGGAGAAUCAAAAACCUUCUAUCCAGAAGAAAUCUCUUCUAUGGUUCUUACAAAAAUGAAGGAAACUGCUGAAGCAUAUUUAGGAAAGAGUGUGGCAAAUGCUGUUGUCACAGUUCCUGCCUAUUUUAACGACUCUCAGAGACAAGCUACAAAGGAUGCUGGAACUAUUGCUGGUUUAAAUGUUCUUCGUAUUAUUAAUGAACCCACAGCUGCAGCUAUUGCGUAUGGUUUGGACAAGAAAGUUGGUGGCGAAAGAAAUGUUCUAAUUUUUGAUCUUGGUGGUGGUACUUUUGAUGUAUCCAUCUUGACGAUUGAGGAUGGAAUAUUUGAAGUGAAGUCUACUGCUGGAGAUACUCAUCUUGGUGGUGAAGAUUUUGAUAAUAGAAUGGUCAAUCACUUCAUUCAAGAGUUUUCCCGUAAACAUAAAAAAGAUCUCUCUCAAAACAAACGUGCUUCCCGAAGAUUGAGAACUGCAUGUGAGCGAGCAAAGAGAACCCUGUCAUCCAGCACUCAGGCCAGCAUUGAGAUUGAUUCCUUGUUUGAAGGAAUUGAUUUCUAUACCAACAUCACCCGAGCUCGGUUUGAAGAAUUAAAUGCAGACCUCUUCAGAGGUACUUUGGAGCCAGUUGAGAAGGCUCUCAGAGAUGCAAAACUGGACAAAUCUGCCAUCAAUGAUAUUGUCCUUGUUGGUGGAUCCACUAGGAUUCCCAAAAUCCAGAAACUCUUGCAAGAUUUUUUCAAUGGAAAAGAAUUGAAUAAAAGCAUCAAUCCAGAUGAAGCUGUUGCCUAUGGAGCUGCUGUUCAGGCUGCUAUUCUAUCUGGUGACAAAGACAAGGAGGUCCAAGACCUUCUCCUCUUGGAUGUUGCUCCUCUUUCCAUGGGUAUUGAAACUGCUGGUGGUGUCAUGACUCCUUUGAUUAAAAGAAACACAACCAUUCCUACCAAGCAAACCCAAACCUUCACUACUUACUCUGAUAACCAACCCGGUGUAUUGAUUCAAGUGUUUGAGGGAGAACGAGCAAUGACGAAAGACAACAAUUUGCUUGGCAAAUUUGAGCUCACUGGCCUUCCUCCUGCACCCCGAGGUGUUCCACAGAUUGAAGUCACAUUUGACAUUGAUGCCAAUGGUAUCCUCAAUGUAUCUGCUGCUGAUAAAAGCACUGGAAAAGAAAAUAAAAUCACCAUUACAAAUGAUAAAGGUCGUCUCAGCAAGGAGGAAAUUGAGAAAAUGGUUAAUGAUGCAGAGAAAUACCGUCAAGAAGAUGAGAAACAGCGGGAAUGCAUCAGUGCAAAGAAUUCUCUUGAGAGCUAUGCUUUCAAUAUGAAGUCAACUGUGGAAGACGAUAAAGUAAAAGAUAAGAUUAGUGAAUCUGAUAAGAAAAAGAUUGUUGACAAGUGUCAGGAGGUGAUUACUUGGCUGGACCAAAACCAGUUGGCAGAGAAAGAUGAAUUUGAAGCAAAACAAAAAGAACUUGAGGGUGUAUGCAACCCAAUUAUUACUAACCUCUAUCAAGCAGCUGGUGGUAUGCCAGGCGGUAUGCCUGGUGGCAUGCCAAACUUUGCUGGGGGUGCUCCAGGGGGUGGUGCUUCUACUGGUGGCAGCAGUGGACCAACAAUUGAGGAAGUUGAUUAA